GCAUAAGCAUUCACCGUCUCCUCUUCCCAGAUUCUAAAACCCUUUCUUCCUCCAAAGUCAGUCCAAACCAUUUUGUUCGUUUUCCGAGAUCUAACAACUAUGGCAGCCACCUUCUUCCGGCGACUCGCUAAGUCAGCUCCGAUCACAUUCCCAGUCGCACUUGGAUCCCAAAGCAAAUCUGGUUCUGGCGCUUUCCGAUUCUCUGCCGGUGCAAUCGCGGCACUUUCCGGCGGAUUCUCUUACUAUUACUUAGCAUCCGGCAACAAUCUGGUUUAUCUGGAUCAAGCUAAGGAAGAGACUGGACCAAAAACAGCUCUAAACCCUGAUAAAUGGCUCGAGUUCAAGCUUCAAGACACUGCUAGGGUUAGCCACAACACCCAGUUGUUCAGGUUCUCAUUUGACCCCUCAGCUGAGUUGGGUCUACAUGUUGCUUCUUGUCUCUUGACAAGGGCUCCUUUAGGCUAUAAUGCUGAAGGGAAAACGAAAUAUGUCAUUCGACCUUACACUCCUAUAUCAGACCCAGACUCUAAGGGAUAUUUUGAUUUACUGAUUAAGGUAUAUCCAGACGGAAAAAUGAGUCAGCAUUUUGCCAGCUUAAAACCGGGAGAUGUGUUGGAAGUAAAAGGACCCGUUGAAAAGUUCAAAUAUUCACCGAAUAUGAAGAAACAUAUUGGCAUGAUUGCUGGUGGAAGUGGGAUUACUCCAAUGCUUCAAGUGAUUGAUGCCAUUGUGAAGAAUCCCGAGGACAACACGCAGAUUUCACUGCUUUAUGCCAAUGUUUCUCCAGAUGAUAUACUUCUGAAGCAGAAGCUUGAUGUACUUCAGGCUAACCACCCAAAUUUGAAGAUAUUCUACACUGUUGACAAUCCCACUAAAACCUGGAAAGGAGGAGUAGGUUACGUUUCAAAGGAUAUGGCACUAAAAGGCUUACCUCUUCCUGCAGACGAUACUCUAGUCCUUGUAUGUGGUCCUCCUGGGAUGAUGGAGCAUAUAUCUGGAGGCAAAGCUCCAGACUGGUCACAAGGAGAGGUCAAAGGGAUACUCAAGGACCUCGGAUACACAGAGCAAAUGGUUUUCAAAUUCUGAGAGGACGUGAGAAUCAGAAUUCCGUAGUUUCUGACAUUUCAUGUAAUAAAGUGUCCUCAGGCAAACAUUAAUUGUUGAAAAUAAACAUAGCAAAACAGAUCAGUUAGUCAUUGUGUCUGCAGGUAGUAGUGGGAACUUGAUUUUGAUGAUAAAUCUUAAUGCGAACAAGAAACUGAAUAUGAUUUGAAAGAUGAGAAUUGUGCAUUUGCAUUCA